AGACGCGCAGCCCCUGAGUAAAACGCAAGUCGAGCCCGAGGCCCCAAAGCCGGCAUUCAAUCAAUCAGCAUCAAUGAAGCGCAGCACAUUUAAUUAAAAGAGAACAAGAGAACGCCGAGUUGCAGCUGAGAAAAUCUGUAUAAAUGCUAAUUUCAAUCAAAUAUCAAAUUAAAAGUUUAUAAAAAAAUAAAACGAAAAAUCAAUCAGGCAUUCCUAGCGAAAGCCUGCGAAAAGGGCACGUUGCGCAUACGCCGCGUGGGCGUUUAAUUUUUUAUAUGCCACUUGCCAUUUACCACUUAAAACAAUUUGACCUGUCGCGUUGAUAUUUACUGUGAUUGUUUUUCCUAUUUGUGUGCGAGUGUGUGUCUAAUUGCCUAGAAGCAAGGAAUCAAAUUGCACUGCAUUUUGAGCUGGUGCCAAACCACAAGAGAACAUGUCAUUUGAUAUAGCAAUUGCCGAUCAGAUGCGCAUCGCAUUAAACUAUGUCAAGUUUAAGACAAAACAACAACAUUUGCGGAGCAACGAUAAGGUCGUUGCCGAUACGGUCUAUGGCAAGGUGAAGGGCGUAAGGUGGCGUUCGAUCUAUGGCCCUAACUACUACAGCUUCGAGGGCAUACCCUUUGCCAAGCCCCCAAUAGGGGACUUGCGCUUUAAGGCGCCCGUCGAGCCGGAUCCAUGGACGGAGGUGAGACGCUGCACGCGAGAGCCCACAAAGCCCUGUCAGGUGAAUCUGGUGUUGAAACAGGUGCAGGGCAGUGAGGACUGUCUGUACCUAAACGUAUAUACCAGAGAGUUGAAGCCGCAAAAGCCGCUGCCCGUUCUCGUCUGGAUCUACGGCGGAGGCUUUCAGAUGGGCGAAGCCUCGCGAGAUCUUUACAGUCCCGACUACAUAAUGAUGGAGCAUGUGGUGCUGGUGACCAUAUCUUACCGCCUAGGCGUGCUAGGCUUUCUCACUUUGGACGACCCGGAGCUGGACGUGCCCGGCAAUGCGGGUCUUAAGGAUCAGGUGCUCGCUCUGCGCUGGGUUAAACGCAAUUGCCAGUUCUUUGGCGGCGAUCCGAACAACAUAACCGUAUUUGGCGAGAGCGCAGGAGGCGCCUCAACGCACUACAUGAUGCUCACGGAGCAGACGCGGAAUCUCUUUCACAAGGCUGUGCUCAUGUCUGGCUCAGCUCUAUCCCCGUGGGCGGUAACACCCAAAAACAACUGGGCCUAUCGCCUAGCCCAAGCCACUGGCUACACAGGCGAGCCGAUCGACCGGGAGAUAUAUAAGCAUCUGCGAUACUGUAAGGCGAGCAGCAUGUUGCGCAUGGCUGAGGACAUUGUCACCAUGGAGGAGCGACAUCAGCGAAAAGUAAUGUUCUGCUUUGCACCUACUAUCGAGCCAUACGAAUCGGAGCACUGUGUGAUACCAAAGCACCCGCUGGAGAUGAUGCGCAACUGCUGGGGCAACGACAUACCUCUGGUCGUGGGCGGCAACUCCUUCGAGGGGCUGCUCGUCUUUCCCGAAGUGCGCAAAUGGCCAGAUCUGCUCUGCGAUCUAGGCGACUGUGAGUACCUGUCGCCCGAGGACGCCGGCCUCGACUUGGAUCAACGACGAGCCUUUGGCAAAAAGCUAAAGUCCUUGUACUUUGGUGACAAAGAGCCCAGUCGAAAGACGCUACUACAAUACUGUGAUCUCUGCUCGUAUAAAUAUUUCUGGCAUGGCAUCCAUCGCACUCUGCUGUCGCGCAGUCGGUAUGCGCCGCAAGCGCCCACAUUUCUGUAUCGAUUCGAUUUUGAUUCGGAGCACUUCAACAUAAUGCGAAUUAUUACCUGCGGCCGCAAGGUGCGUGGCACGUGCCAUGCCGAUGAUUUAUCCUAUUUGUUUUACAACGCGGCUGCCAAAAAGCUAAAGUCUCGCUCGGCCGAGUUUAAGACGAUACAGCGUCUGGUGUCCAUGCUGGUGCACUUUGCCGCCACCGGGAAGCCCAGCAUCUCGCUCUUCACGCAGGAGGAGGCCGACGGGGACAGAGAGCCACGUCCACACGUUUGGCUGCCCAUAUCCCGAAAGGAUGCGGUAUUCAAGUGUUUGAAUAUUUCACAUGAUGUGAAGGUGAUUGACUUGCCCGAAGCGCAAAAGCUGUGGCUCUGGGACAGCAUGUACGCCGACAAGCAACUAUUGUACUAGAAACAUCCGACCAAACAAUCUGCUCUCCACGCCCCCCUCUUAUUUACGUCUAUAGCUUUAAGUCAUGGCCCUGGGCUUGGCCCUAAAUGCACAGCAAAACUGUUUGCUUUGGCAACAAAUGUAAAUGUAGAUAUAAAUUAUAUAUGUAGAUAUAUUUAUAUACACACUCACACUCAGAUACAUUCAUGCGUGU